AUGCCACUCCCUAGAAUCCUGAGGCUACAAGAUGACAAAUGGGAAAACCCUGAAGACUCUAUAGGUACUUUCAUUGGAUAUUUGAGUGGCGGCCGGUAUCGCUGUUGGGAGGCAGCUGGUCCGGCUCGUCAGGCGUUUAGGGAACUGAGCCCAGACAUCAAAGAUUUCCUUGAGACUUCUAGCAUCCCCCCUACUGAUAUCGUGUCAUGGUCGAUGUAUAUGAUCGGGCAUAACGAAAGGAACGCAGCACCCAAGGUUUUGAUUUGCUCCACGGAUGCGAAGGCGCGCAAGAAGAUCAGGCAACUUAUCAAAGAGAGUAAGAUCAUGGACAAAUACCCUGGCAUAGGACUUGGGGACGUUUCAGCACUACCCGAUCGCCCUAUCAUUCGAGAACUGUCCCGAGAGGCUAUUGAGGCUCUCCUCCCUUUUGGUUGUGAUAUCGAUGGAGCGGUUCUGGCUGACGGAUCAGAACCUGCGUUGGGAAAGCGAAUAUUCGUCGUCAAUCCACACGACUUCUCCUUACGCCCAGUAACAGCUGGCCCGAUAGUCUUACAAGAUGGCCGAUGCUACCAGCUGACUGUUGCACACGCAUUCCGACAUACCAGAGAGGCAGACCAUUCAUCCGGCCAGCAGAUGAUUGAAGAUGAUUGCGAUUUUGAUGGCAUGAGUGACGACGAAAGAGAUGAUGAAAGCCAGUACGACGAGAUUACAAGCAAAGGAAGUGCCACACCAGGAGAGAUUGAUUCCGACAAAGCAUCAUUCGAGGCCAGCCUCGACGCUUUUCCUGGCGAGAGGCUUUCGAGUUCCCGAUCCGAAAGCCCUUCAAGUGACCACUUGGGUAGUCGACACGAUUCACGGCUGAGUGUCGACCCCCCAGAGGAGAAUCCGCGUUUCGGUGAAAUUGAUGUAUCUCACCUUCAAUAUUUCGGAAAAUUGGUCUUGAGCUCCCUAACAGGAAGUAAUCCCUCGCUGGACUACGCUCUAGUUGAGACCUCAAGGAUGCCAGAAACCGUUAAGAAGAUCACAGCCUCUAUGGUCUCGAGUAUUGGGGAGAUAGGGUCACAUGACAUUAGUAUUGUUGCUACGACAUGGCCAUAUUACCGAGUCCAAGGGCAACUUACCGCCACACCAUCCUACAUUCGCCUUCCUGAACAUUGUACCUUUCAAGAAGUCUACCCCGUGCGACUGGGUAAACUUUUACAAGACGGUGAUUGCGGCACCGCAGUAUUUAGUAAAGACGAUAAUCGUUUUUAUGGUCACAUCGUUGCCGGUAGCCCUGGGACUAGCUUCGCAUACGUUGUUCCAGCGGGCGAAAUCUCUAGAGAUGUUCAGGCUCGCCUUGGCUUCGGCCUCAUCUCGACGUCGCAGCAAGAGGGACAACGACAACACUCAGAGGAUGAUUUACGGCUCAGUAGAGAAUUAUACACUGGCUUAACGAACUCCGGCGUAACGUCGAUCAAAAACCUUGGUGCCUCGGAGCCACAGGGUUGUUGGCUUCCUGAGUCCAACAUCGAGGUCCAACAGUGGCCCCAGCCAUCCCAAAACAACUUCGUCACCUCUCAUUCACUUACUGAACAUGGACGCCAGAGUGCAUUGGGUGCCCAAAGAGAGCCGUCUUCUGUUCAGACAACUGGUGCUUCCACUCUGACCGCUUCCACUGUAGUCCCAGUCAAUGAGCGGCUACAGAGAUCUAGAGGCGCAUUGCCAUCCUUCUAUCAACUCCCAACUGUACCCGAUCGCAAGACAAGAUACCACGACAAUGGAAAACAUGACAAGAAAAGGCCCGCAGACUCACUGCCCCCUCAAGACUGGCCAACUCGUUCAUCUGCUUCAUCUGGACCUCAAACACGAAGCAGACACACAGGACCAACUACUUCGCCAGGGCAGCAGUUCGGUUGGUCCCGGAUUGACACAGAUACUUCUUCUGCUUUAGAUCAACUGCCCAAGCACCAAAAGAGUGAUUCAACAGACAAUAGCAGAUACCUACUACCAAUACGAAAGAGAUCUGGACAUAGGCAUUCCACUUCACGCAGGUCGCUAGCUUCUGUCAGCACGGUCCAGCCAGCUACGAGUCUCUCACCACAAAUACAUGGGUUUCCACUCCAGACUCGUGACAUUCCGUCUCCGCCUUCUCAUGGCGACUCUGGCUCGUCAAGUACACAAUGGACUGAGGCAGCAGGUAGUAUUGCACGCAGAUCAGUCCUACCCGAGGAUUUUGAGGGCGCUUGCGAAACCUGUGUCUUCUGGCUGCUUGCGCCGGAGAAAUUCUCAUCACCCGAGUGGCAAGCAUGUCGCGGCCGCAAAGACGAAAUAUCCCACAUCAUCACACAUAUAACCGAUCACCAUGGGCUCAUUCGUGGACGUGAUCCGCUGCAUUCAGCUCGCAAAUACUUAGCAAGCUGCCAGAGCUCUAACCCAUUUGUGAAGGCGAAAAGGAACUGUGAGAAGUGCAGUUCGUUAUCUAAAUGGAAUGAUAGAGACUUUGCGGACCCUACACACCAUGGUGUUGUUCUUUGUUUGCGUUGCUGGCGCAAGUUUGACAAGAAAGGAAUGAAAGAGCAUAUGGCUGGACCUUUAUGCGACUACAACGCGGAACAGCCAAAGACCCAGAAACUGUGGAUUUUAUAUACAGCAUUUUGCUCGGGAACUCAGCUGCCUAGCAAGCCUCCAAAAUACAGAGCGCCGCGCAAAUCGCCUCAUCGACCCUCUCCGCGAGCCAUGAGCCAAUAUCAACAGCAGUCGGGUCACCGUCAUACGGUAGCGCUAGUCGGCAAUCUAGAAGCAACAAUAUCCCCUUCUGGUACAAGACUCUCACUGCCACGAUUGCAGCCUGGUUCUUCACUGGCCCCAUCUACCGCUGAAGAGUCAACGGAGGGUUUGCAUUCGGCCAACCUGGAUGCAUCGAUGCACUUCUGGGACAAAGUCAACGACUUGGACGUUGAUAUGAGCCGGUGGGACUUCUUAGGGAGUCAGCCCGACCUUCAGACCACAAGUGCAUCGAUGCAUCCAAUUUGGCCGAAUGCAAACCCUCCGUUGACUCUUCAACUCACGGAUCGACACCAGAAAUUGGAGCCCGAAGGCAGGAUAUGGCCCCUUCAGAUGGCUGCUAUUGAGAGCGACUCGGAGUGUAGAAGUACUGACGAGAAAGAUAUGUGA